ACUCGCAGCGUUCGUGCGUUGUCUGAGGCACUUGACACUGCCGAUCCCGGGUCUGGAUCUCGACAUUCUGGAAUCAGUUACUUCCCUGAUCUCGCUUACCAAUAACAAGGAUGAGCGGUCCGUUCAAACGACGGUCUUCCUUAAAGGCCUUACCACCAAUUGGAAAUAUAAGAAAAACUUCCAUCAGGAGACAAUCGUCGGUGGGACUUCCCAGUAAAUCGCCACUUGCAGCGCAAGAAGUCCCAUGGGACGUUUUGGACCGCUGCAUUCUUCCGGUUAUAUGUUGUCAUGGUGCCGCGUUUACUUUAAGCAAUAUUUUGAACGUUUUGCAAGUGUCUCAAGUAACUACGUUUACUCUAUUCGUGUUUUUUACUAUAGUGGUGCUAGGAUUAGUGUUCUUUUAUCAUAAUUUGAAGAUAACGGCAGCAGGAAAAGCGGUUUUAAUAACAGGAUGCGAUUCUCGCAUUGGAAGCGCCCUCGCUCGCCAUCUGGACGAACAGGGCUUUACAGUAUUUGCAGGAUUCCAGACCUUGAGCGACAACCCCUUGGCGGAGGAAUUGAAGGAAAUUUGCUCAGCCAGAAUGCACGUAUUACAACUAGAUGUCACAAAUGAAACUCAAAUAUUGGCAGCCUCUUUGAGCGUCGUUGAACAUCUUCCUGAUGGCGCUCAUGGAUUAUGGGCCGUUGUUAACGCCGCUUCUUGGGUGGCUUUAGGAGAAAUCGAAUGGAUUCCAUUACAGGUCAUUAAAAAAGCAACGGAAAUUAAUUUCUUGGGACCCACAAGAGUCACCCAAAUAAUGCUGCCAUUGGUACGUAGAGCCCGGGGAAGGAUCAUUUAUAUGACGUCGGGAUUAUGUAGAGUAGCUGAUCCAGUCAGAGGAAUUCAUUGUGGUCUAUUGGCAGCUAUUGAGUCAGAAGCUGAAUGUUUGAGGAAAGAGCUAAGAUCUCGUGGUGUUGAUGUUGUGGUGGUGGCUCCAGGCGAACUGACUUCUGGAAAUACCUGGGUAUCAGACCAAAUCAUCCUCAGUCAAGCCAAGGACAUGUGGAAGCAACUCUGUCAAGAACAGCGGCUCGAAUAUGGCGAAAAAUAUUUCGAAACAGCGAUUAGGAGCUUGGAAAAGUAUUCCAAAUCCCCAGAGACCGACCUUGCCCCAGUCCUGAAGGCUCUCAACGAUGCUGUUACGCGCACUUUCCCAAUGAUUAAGUAUACGCCAAUCUCGCGCCAAGAGAAAAUGAAAGCCUUUGUCGCUGAUUAUUUCCCAAGGGCAGUGUAUGAUUUGGUUUACUCUUAAAGCGUAACACUUCUGGCUCGAAAUGCUAAAAAUCACGAAAAACAUUUUAAAAUAUGAUUUCAUACUACAUUGGGAAUGUUGAUAUUUGUUUAUUUAAAUAGAGAAGACUUAAAUUAUGCUUGAACCGAGCUAGUUUAAAAUUAUUUUUUAUUUACAUGUGUUUCCUUUUGUACUGAUAAUAGUUGAAGCUUCAUUCUGACCUACUAAACCAUCUUUAUUAUUCAAAUUAAAAAAAUAUUUUACUUAUAUUUUAAAGAUUGAAUAUUCGGUAAUCUAUGUAACAAGGGAAGUGGAACAUAGAGACGAUUUCCUUACGUAGCUUUGUAAUUUAAUUUACUUCACUAUUUUGUAGAGUUUUAUAAAUUAGUUAAUCGCUUUAUUAGUCACUAGUCGCCAUUAUUCAUAAGUAUAUCGUCCCGUACAUUUUCUGAAAUUUUGCCUACGGUCUCCCCCUAAUAAUGUUAUUGUAAUUACCUAUGACAUGACUUUUGGCCCAGACUGGAGCUUCCGUACUAAUGUAACAUAAAAUGGAUGCUUGACCCAGAAAUUCUGUGUCGGUUCUCAAAGAGCAGAUGGUAGAGCCACCAAGCUGAAUUAUCCAAAUGUAGUUUAAUUUGUGUUUCCCGCACCGAUUUAAAUACAUUUUUUUUAAUUAUAUACAUACAACCAUGUACUUGUUUAUUGGAUAAUUAUGAUUGCAAAAUAAUGUAUUGCAGUAAGUACAGUUUUCUUGAAUUUUGAAUGUAAUAUUUUAUUAGUAUUAAUCAAAUCUUAUGCGUGAAAAGUUGAUUUCAUUAUUUUGAAUAAAGAUUAUGUUGAUUA